AUGAGUGCAACCCGGCCACUGCGCGCAGCUGCAUCGCGCCAGGUUAUGCCACUCCACUGUAGGCCAGGACACGGAUUUCUGCCAGCUCGCCUGCUCAAGCACAAAGUGUCUCUCAGUAGAGCUCCAUAUGCUCAGCGAAGGAACAUAUCUGCCAGCCAAACGUUACGCCAAGCAUUACCGCCGUCAGACAACCUCCCACUGAGCGGUUUCACAGUGGUCUCACUAGAGCAAGCUAUCGCUGGACCAUUUUGCACUCGGCAACUUGCGGACCUAGGGGCUCGAGUGAUCAAGAUCGAACGUCCUGGCCGCGGCGACUUCAAUCGAGAUCAUGACCAACGUGUCAAGGGACUGUGUUCACAUUUCGUCUGGACGAAUCGAAGUAAAGAAAGUCUGGCCUUGGAUCUGAAGCAGCAUCGCGAUCUUGCAGCACUCAAGAAAAUCGUAGCGAAGGCUGAUGUACUUGUACAGAACCUAGCGCCUGGCGCAACGGAGCGCAUGGGUCUUGGCUACGAGAGCCUGAAAGGACAACAUCCCAGACUCAUCGUGUGUGACAUCAGUGGUUACGGCAGUACUGGACCGUACAAGAAUAAGAAGGCUUACGACCUAUUGAUUCAGUCUGAGUCCGGUUUCCUCUCUGUCACAGGCUCACCUGGCCAGCCAGCCAAGUCAGGCAUCAGUAUUGCAGACAUCGCAGCCGGCACGACAGCCUUCAACAACAUACUCGCAGCCAUCAUCCAACGUGGUAGGACAGGCAGGGGCUGUAGACUUGAUGUAAGCAUGCUUGAGUCUCUGGCUGAAUGGAUGUCGUUUCCCAUGUACUAUGCUUCAGAUGGUGCUCCAGCACCUGCUAUGGCAGGCGCAGAACAUGCGAGUAUCUACCCCUACGGUCCGUUUGAUACUGGAGGAGGUGGUACAGUGAUGCUUGGAAUGCAAAAUGAGCGUGAAUGGAGCAUCUUCUGCAGGGAUGUCUUGCAGAAGGCGGAGCUGCUGGAUGACGAGCGCUUCUUGACGACUUCACUACGAUCAAAGAACAGAAAGGUUCUACGCGAGAUCAUCGAGGGUGUUUUUGCUGCUUUCUCAGCAGAUGAAAUGCUUGACAAACUUCAGACAGCUGGAGUGGCAAAUGCGAAGGUCAAUGACAUGGCUGGUCUUUGGGCACAUCCUCAGCUAAAGUCACGGGACCGAUGGACUGAAGUUGUAACACCGAAUGGUAGAAUACCAGCUUUGAAACCAGCCGGUGCAGCAGAUGGUACGGCUGUACGUAUGGACGCGAUACCCUCAGUAGGCCAGCACAAUGAGUCCAUCUUUGCGGAGUUCGGCAUCGAACAAUAA